AUUUUAGUGUUCACGUACGGUAUUAUUUGUCACGUUUGUCUUUUAAAAUCGUUCCCCAAUUCAACGCCUGGAUCAGAAGAUUAUGUGCACCGAUCAAAGUGAAUCUUAGUUAAAAUUAUUGUGUAGAAUCAAAAGCGUUAAUGGGUGAAACAACUAGAGUGGUUCUGUAUUUGUAUAGUAUAUUGUUAUCUAUUUAACAAGACAUGAGAUUAUUGUUUGAGUUUCGCGGGUCGCCAUCAAGCACGUGGAUGGUAAGUCGUUUUGUGGAUACAGUAGCGCUGAAGUACCAGAGCGGUCUCUUCGUCGUCUAGUCCUCGUCUAUUGACGCUCUGUGCUGUGGGUUAUAACCAUCUGUGUAGCCUUGUUUGCUUUGUAAUUGCUCUGUGUUGUGCAGAAACACGUUAGUGAACGUGAAUUGUAGGGUAGUGAGGCCUUGUAAAUUUAUUCGUUGGGUCUGAACUGGUUGCAGAGCGGGACUCUCGAGUCCCGCGCAAAAAUAAUACCUACAGUAGAGUCGACAACGUCGAGCUGACUAAAGGUUAAGUGAACCAGUCUAAACAUCGAAUACAUGUGAAAACCGUAACCACAGCAGGAUCGUCUUGGUUCACUAAAUCGGAAAAAUUGCAAGUGUCAGUUGUCAAGACAGUUAAUGAGUGAGGCGAAGAAUCCAGUGGUCAGAUAUGGCGACGGUGAAAAUCACUUUUCCCACUGGUGGAGAACCAGCUAGGAUAACGAAGUGGAAAGUCGGGAUGAACGCCAUGAUCUCUGCCGGGAGAAUUGUCCUCCAUUACCGCAACGUAAACAAUGACAGUAACGUUCCAGUGGGAGACUCGGAGAAAAAAUUACGCGCCUCAAAGUUCGGACGAGUUAUUCAGUUACUCGUUGAGGAAGGCGACGUCAUUCAACCUGGGCAAGAUGUUCUGCUACUGGAAGGCUGUAAGCACCCCACCGUCAUGAAGGAUCUCUGCGCAGAGUGUGGUGCGGAUUUAAGGGAAGAAAUGUCUAAAGAUGAGGGUGGAAAAACAAUAGCGUCCCAGGCCAGUGUGCCUAUGGUACACUCUAUCCCUGAACUCAAAGUUUGCCCGGAAUUAGCUGAGAAGAUUGGCAGAGAGGAUGAGCAGCGACUACUGAAAGACCGUAAACUGGCCCUGCUGGUCGACUUGGAUCAAACAAUUGUUCAUACAACGAAUGACAAUGUCCCACCAGAUAUGAAAGAUGUUUACCAUUUCCAAUUAUAUGGCCCUCACUCUCCGUGGUACCAUACCAGACUGCGACCUGGAACCCGCGACUUCCUUUCAGCGAUGAGCCGUCUUUAUGAAUUACACAUCUGUACUUUUGGAGCUAGAAAUUAUGCUCACACUGUUGCUGGGCUAUUGGACAAAGAUGGGAUGUUAUUUUCGCACAGGAUCCUUUCUAGGGAUGAGUGUUUUGAUCCUGCUUCCAAAACAGCUAAUCUCAAGGCUUUGUUUCCCUGCGGCGAUUCAAUGGUUUGUAUCAUAGAUGAUCGGGAGGAUGUGUGGCAAGGGUGCGGAAAUUUAGUACAGGUAAAACCGUAUCAUUUUUUUCGACACACUGGCGAUAUUCAUGCUCCACCUGGAUUGGCUAAGCGAGAUCAUUUUCCCCAACCAAAAGUGGCUAGUUUGGACGAGAGUAUUGAUGAAAUCGAGAAUCCAAUCAAACAAAUAGUGAACGGAGCUUUGCCAGAACUCAUGGAAAAUGAUUCAACAAGUACAGAAGAAUUAGCUGCAAAGCCGAAGAGUCUCGAAAAUGAAAGUCCCGACCUGGCAAACGAGAUUAUUGUAGCUGAAACAUCUAAAGAUGAUGAAAAUGAGAACAAGAGUCCUGAAAAAGAAGAUCAAGCCGUACCAGAGAUAGAAUCGGAAGAAAAAAAGCAGGUGAAGUUCAAGGAAAGUUCUUCAGCUCCGGUAGUAACUCCAUUGAUAAAAGAUGUAAGCAACGAAAAGAGCAAACAAACAGAACUCACAGACGACGAUGUAAAAGAAAUUGCCAAUGAUAAAGCAAAAGGAGGCGAGGUGGAAGAGUUGAAAAAAUCAGCAGAUUCGAAAGAAAUAGAGAAUAAGGAAAAAGAAGAAGAGAACUUUAAGGACUUAGAAAAACGGCAAGAGCUUGAAGACCACGAUGAUUACCUGUUAUACUUGGAAGACAUACUUCGAAGAAUUCAUGCAGAAUUUUACAGCAAACGUGACAUUGAUCCAGAAUCUAAAUCCCUUAGAGAUAUCAUCCCCAGAGUACGUGCUCGAGUUCUGAAGGGCCUGCGACUAACGUUCAGUGGCAUGGUUGCUACUCAUCAGAAACUGCACCAGAGUCGUGCCUACAAAGUUGCUAGAGCACUAGGAGCGGAAGUUUCGCAGGACCUGAUGGACACCACUACUCAUUUGGUUGCUAUUAAACCGGGUACCGCUAAAGUUAACGCGGCUAAAAAAAAGUCGGAAGUAAAGAUUGUGAAUCCGGAUUGGCUUUGGACAUGCGCCGAGCGAUGGGAAUGUGUCGACGAGCGACUCUAUCCGCUCACGAAAAGGGCUCGUGGAUCCAGGGUACCGCCGCCACACUGCAGCAGCCCUGAGAGGGCUGAGGAUCUGGAAACCGGAGAGGCCAACAGAUUUGCAGACAGUAUAAAUCCCCUUAUGUCUUUCACGCUUGAGGAAAUAGCGAACAUGGAUAAAGAGGUCGAAGAAGACAUGAGUGAUCAAGAACUGGAUGCAACGCCAAUUGCAGCUGAAAACGAAACCACCUCUUCACGUCGCCGACGUCGAUCACGAACGCCUGACUCACUUAACGAAGAACGUGCAGGAACUGUUUUCGGCAGCAAAAGAAAAAAGAGAGAUACUGCGGAAAAUAAUGACGAUUCGUCUGCGGAAGAUCGGAAGUCCUCUGACGACGAUGAAGAUGAUGACAGGGACAAUGAUGAUGACCUUAUAACAAGGUUCCGUCGAGGCGAAUCGCUGCCAGACGAUUUGGACCUUGGAGACGAUUCUCAGGAUUCUGUGGAGGAUGAUUGCGAAUGGAACGAGAUGGGUGCUGCUUUAGAGAGAGAAUUUUUAUCCGAUUGAUCCAUGACAUUGAGUUAGUUUUCUCUUCAAUCAAGCAACGAGCGUUGUUCAAUUCUAUUUUCUACAUAAUCUAAAUCAAUGAAAUAAAUUUUUACCUGGAGCAUUUCGUAAAUACAGAAAUUGCUUCUAUCUCUUACCUCAGGUGCAAAGGUCGAGUGGGUAGAAUCCUUCCGAUAGGCACCAGCUAUUCUGUUUAGAAGCUUUAAAUUAUGAACAUUUGUGAUAUGAAUGUUGAAACGUUUGAGAAUUAUUAAUAAAAUACAAAUUAAGGUUA